AAGAAGCAUCUACGAAGGAGAGCAAGCUUGACGUCCAAGUAAUCCAAGCAAUCGCUCUUCGUACUUUAUAUAUUGCUUCCAUUAUAAUUCGGCCGACGCAGAACCCGUAAAACCCCUACUCAGAUUGUGUUUUCUUCUUCGCAUGCCUUAUGAGUAUGAUGUCGGAAGGGAUUCGGGAGCCUAACGUCGUUGAUGACUUCGAUAUCGACGUUCUCUUGCAACGAUUCAGCGAUGAUCCCUCUCUGGACUUCGAUAUCGACCUCGACCUCAAUCUCCUCCGCGAGUCCUGGGUUCCCGAUUCCGAUCUGCCUCCAAAUGUCUUCCAGUCUUCAGAAUUUACCAAUCCGGUUUCAGUUCCCCCUAGGAAUGAUGAUCCCCCAACGCUGGAGGCUGACUCUCCGUUUUCCGUCUCUUCGUUCGUGAACUACAUCGAGAACUUUCUUAUGGAAGAUGUCGAUUGGGGCGACGGAGGAAAGGGAGCCGGCGAAGACGGUGUAGCGGAUUUUUUCUCGGGAGUGCUAUUUGAUGAUUCAAUAAAAUCAAAGGAUGAUGUGGAUAGCCCUGAAUCGUAUGAUGCGUCAAUUAAGGAGGGCCAGAGCAAAGAGGAAGUGGUUCCUGAGGUGGUUGUGGCUGAGGAUGAUGACGUUUCUGUCAGCAAGAAACGGAGAAGGCAAAUGAGGAAUAGAGAAUCUGCUAUGAUCUCGAGAGAGAGGAGGAAAAUGUACAUAAAGAACCUUGAGAUGAAGAAUAAACACUUGGAGAUGGACUGCCGUCGCCUUGACUAUACUCUCCAGUGUUGCAUGGCGGAGAACCUGGCGUUACGCCAGAGCUUGCAGUUUCGGAAGAAUAGGUCUUGCGGUGCUUCCGCGUCCAAACAGGAGUCUGCCGUACUCUUCAUGGAAUCCCUGCUGUUGGGUUCCCUGUUCUGGUUCGUGAGCCUCGUGUGCCUAUUUCUUCUUCCCAGCCUGCGAAGCCUAAGACCAAACUUGAAAGCUUUAAGCUGGUUGGAAAGAGGUCUCGCAAUGGUGGUUGCAAGGAGAAAAAGUAGAAAUAUUCUUACAUUGGGUAAAUAUUUAAAACUUAAUCUGCUUGGACUGAGAAGACGAUGCAGAAGCAUGAGAGCUAGGAUGAAGUUCUUUUUAUUUCCGCUCCAUGCCUUUCUUGCCUAAUUUCAAUUGUUAUGUUGUUGGUUUCACUUUCCUUGACAUUUGAAAUUCUUUUACUAUUAUGUUUCUACUU